AUGUGGAAAGCGUUGAAUGAAGCACUGCCGGUGUUUGAGCUUAUUAUCAAAAGAGGAAUGCAGAUUGAUGGUAGAUGCCAGAUGUGUGGCGUCGAGGGAGAGUCCAUUAUACAUGCUCUUUUCCAAUGUGAUCCAGCGAGACAAGUGUGGGCAUUAUCUGAGAUUCCUCAUUCAGAGAUUGGUUUUGAGGAAGAAAGUAUGUUUGGAAGCUUAAACUAUCUGUUAAAGUUGAAGAACAGUAAACGAGGCGAGGUAAAAGUGAUUAGAACAUGGCCGUGGCUGUUAUGGGGUAUUUGGAAGAGCAGAAACGAAUUGAUUUUUAAGGGUAGGAGAUGGUCACCUGAAGAGAUUAAGGAGAAGGCUGUAAAUGAAGCAGAGGAAUGGUUUUUAGUUCAAGAAGUAGAAGAAGAAACUAAUAAGAGGAGUGUUAAUGAGGUAGUGUCGAUUAAAAGGAAAUGGAGUCCCCCUAGAAAAGAUUGGUUGAUGUGUAAUGUGGGCUUUGAUUGGGUAAAGCAAACGAAGUUGAUGGGUGUUGCGUGGGUCGUAAGGAAUCAUAGAGGAGUGGUUCUUAUGCAUAGUCGUAGAGUGUUUUCGAAUGUACGUAGCUUGGAUGAAGCAAGGCUGGUUUCAAUUCUUUGGGCAGUGGAAAGCAUGACGAGUCUGCAUUACAACAAAGUGGUGUUUACAGGGGAUUAUAAAGAGAUUUUCAUGGCGGCGCAGAAACCACUCCAUUGGCAUGCCUUGCGUUAUCAUGUGGUGGAGUUGAAUCAGCUUCUGAGGCGGAUGUCGGAUUAUCAGCUCUUGAGCGUUUUGAAGGAGGAAAACAGAGGAGCGGUAAUCAUUGCUCAAAGCAUUACCAGAGAAGGAAGAAUGUAA